CGCAGGGAAUACGGUGCCUCAAUUUGAAAAAAGAGCGCAGGGAAUACGGUGCCUCAAUUUGAAAAAAGAGCGCAGGGAAUACCAUGCUCCCCUGGAGCAUAUAAUUAUUUAAGUAAUAGUAUCACUUUCAUCUACUGAAAAUGCAAGGGUUUCGACAGCAACAGUCACUCUUUCUUGCGAGCUCUGGAUCGGAGAUCUCGAUCUUCGGAGAAGUUGGUUAGAACCAGUGAUAUCGUCAUGGCAUAUAUCCCACCACAUAAAAGGCACACAAAGGAUACAGAGAAGUCAACAUCAUCACCUUCAUUACUCAUUCCCCAAUUGGAAGAGAGUUUGAAUUUGGGGACCAGGUAUGCUGGUUCAUCUGGUCGUUCAAGAAGGAAUCUCAAACGUGAUAUACCCAAUGUAAGCAUAAAAUACUCCAAGAACUCCAUUUCAAGAUGGUGGGAUGUUGGAAUGUCAGAUGAUAUGCAAUCAUCAGAAUCCCCAUCAGUUUCUUUGAAACCAUACCCUUGUGAACUUAUCGAACGAAGAACCGGUGAAAAGCCCCUUGCUAUUGUGGCUAAGGAAGAAAGUGAACCCAGUAGGACUUUGGAGCCUUGGUUACACAUUGCAGAGAGGAUACAACCGGACCUAGAUUUUGCUUUCCAGAUUGUAAAAAGCCAAAUGGAUUUUGGGAUGUCUAAAGAAUUAAAGCUUUCACUGACUGCCCGCUUUGGGAAAAUUCUCUUUUAUGGCCCUUCAAGUUGGAACAAUUCCAUUAGCCUGGACACAAUCAGAAAGAGUUUAGAAGGUGAGGGUGAAGCUAGAUAUACCAAUCGAGUUCAUAAGACAUUUUAUACAAAUGUUCCUGAAGAAUAUGUGAAAUCAAUUGAAUGUCAGGCCGUUCCAAAGCUGGGACUGCAAUAUGAUACAAAUAAGGAGAAAUACUAUUUGAAGAUAAAUGACAAAAUGCAAUUUGAUGUGAAUCUUACAUGUAAAUGUAUUAAAAGAAUCAAUGGCAUUGGGCUUGAACUACAGAAGAUCGAGACGAACCUGGUACGACACUUGGUGGUUGACAUAUCAUGCCUUAGUAAGAAUGUGGACCUUCGGUUGAUUUUGGUGUCCAAGAAAAUUUUGACCGAACUGACUGAGGAGGAAAAAUCUGGCAUAUAUAGACUGGUGAACUCUGCAGUUAUUGAUCCCAAUGUAAAGGGAAAACUGAGGUGGCCUCUAAAGAAAGAGGGCACUGGAGAUAGAUUCUCUAUUCAAGGCGUAUGGCAUACAGAAUCAAAGUACUUUCAGGGAUCAACAAUGAAGCUCAAGCUGAGACAUGCAGAUCGAUAUGACUUCCAUAACUCGUCUGGCGAAGUCUCUUGGGAAGUCAGUCUCAAAAUGCAAGAAAUAACCAGACUCUUGAUGGAUCAAAUGUUGAAUGGCAAUAAGGUUGCGAUGGAGGAACUUCAGAAAACAUUAAAAUCCAUGUGGGAAGAGUUCUUGAGUUGCUAAGCCUUGAGACAAGUAAGAGUUCUUAUAGCAAUUUGAAUUAACGGAAUUUUCUUUAUCUUCUCUUGAGUAGUAUCGAACGAGUCAUGUUCAUGAAGCCAAUUUAUUUAAAGUAAUCCUUCAGAUAUCCUUUUUCUGGUCUCAGCGUCAUAGUAUGCAGAUGUUAAAGGUUGGUGGCUUGGAAAUUUGAUGUAUGGUCUAGAAAACCCGGAAAUGUUAAACUCAAAUGUGUAUUACUUGAUCUAAAUAAAGGAGAGAUUGUUCUAUAUUUUCCA